ACAUGGUAUUGGUACCCAACAUUAUGACUGACAGUCAACCUCUCCUUCAAUGGCUUCAAGCAUUGAGCAAGAAGUAGAUCAUGAGUUUCAACCCUUCCUAACAGUAUACAAAAAUGGGAAAGUAGUUAGACAUCUAUUUACAGAUGAAGUUCCUGCAUCAGUUGAUACCCAAACUGGUGUCGCAUCAAAAGAUGUUUCAAUUAAUCCGAGUCUAUCAGCAAGACUCUAUCUUCCAAUAGUCUUAAAUCAUCAAAACAAAUUACCCCUUCUCAUUUACUUUCAUGGUGGAUGUUUUGUUUCUGGAUCAGCUUUUUCUGCCUCUUACCAUCAAUUUGUCAACUCAUUAGUUGCCGAAGCUAAUGUUGUCGCAAUAUCCGUUGACUACAGAUCAGCUCCUGAACAUCCUGUUCCAAUAGCUUUUGAUGAUUCAUGGGAAGCAAUUCAGUGGGUGAUUUCUCAUUCCAUGGGAGAAGGAAGUGAAUCGUGGUUAAAUGAUCAUGUCGAUUUCAAUAGGGUUUUCUUAUCUGGCGACAGUGUAGGCUCAGCUAUUGCACAUAACAUGGCAAUGAAAACUGGACAACUAUGUGAUGAUUUUAAGCUUCUUGGUAUAGCUCUGAUUCACCCUUUCUUUUGGGGUAAAGAAAGGAUUGGGGUGGAAAAACUUGAUCCAGAGAAGAACGUAAUUUCUGAAAGGACUUGGUUAUACGCGUGUCCGUCGUCAACACUGGGGAACGACGAUCCAAGGAUCAAUCCGUUUGCAGUUGGAGCGCCAAGCUUGUCAGGUCUGGGUUGUGACAGGGUUCUGGUUUGCAUUACAGAGGAUGAUGUGUUGAAGGAUAGGGGUUUGCUUUACUAUGAAACACUUGGGAAGAGCGGAUGGGGUGGACGAAGGGAGAUUAAGGAGACAAAGGGGAAAGAUCAUGUUUUCCAUCUUUUUGAUCCAUGUGAAGAAUCUCUUGAAUUGACAAAAUGGAUAGCUUCAUUUCUGAAUCAGUGAAUAAUGUGAUGAUCUUGGUGGUUUAUGGUUUUAAUUGUAUUUGUGCUUUCUGUGGUGUCGAGUGAUAAGAAACACCACUAGAAUAAAGUGUUUAUUUGUUUCCAUGGAUUUGAUUUUUAUGAAUAGCCCUUGGCUUGAGAAAAGCUUUUGCUA